AUGACUUCCCAUCUUCGUGGUUGGGUUAUCUACAUACUGCUUUUAUUUUUACGGUUUCUGUUUGUGUUCGAUUUGCAGUCGGGUUAUUUACAUCCAGAUGAGUAUUUUCAGGGGAUUGAAGUUGCAGCGGGUGACAUUUAUAAUCUGGACGUAUUAAGGACAUGGGAAUUUCAAUUAGAUGAUAAAGGUCCUCUUAGAUCUGUAGCUGGAAUGUCACCUUUUGUACAUAUCCCGAUUCAGGCUGCCAAAUGGAUUCAUGGUGGAAUUGAUUAUAAAACUGAAGAAACUGACUUCAAUGGAUCUGAUAUGUUAAAUAGAAUUCUGUUUCCCUCCCGGUUAGUCACUGUACUUGGUUCAUAUUUAGUCGAUCUUUUUAUAUUACGCUGUUGCAUACGUGUUGAUCAUCAUCAAGUUUCAGCAAAGCAGACUAAUAUUCAAAAAAUAUUACAUGCUGUACAAUAUCAUUCUGUACCAACAGCUUUAUUACUUUAUGCAUCAUGCGCAUUCGGUGGGAGUUUAUGGUCUACACGUACAAUUGUCAAUGUAUGGGAAUCAAUUUAUGUUUCUUUAUUUGGCCUACUGUUCUUGGAAGUUUUGGAUCGUUUAGAGCAAUCAUCUGAUCCUACUGUGAAUAAACAAUCCUUAAUUCUUUUCAUGUGUAUUCAGUCUGCUGUUGUUGUGUGGGGUACAUUUUUGCGACCUACUUAUAUUUUGUUCAUUCUUCCAUUAGGAAUUAUCGAAUUAGCAUUCAUCUUAGUCAAGUUUAAGUACAUUUCCAUGAUUCUUUGUUUACCAUCUGUUCUACUUGUUUUUUUCAAUACAUUCAUUUGUGUAAUAAUAGAUACAUUAUACUUUCACAAUGUGAGUUUAUUACAAGCUUUCCAGGUCGAUUUUUCACGAUUUAAGUUGAUAUAUACACCUUACCGGUUUUUAACUUAUAACUCCAACUCAUACCAUGUUUCUUCCCAUGGCUUACAUUCUCGAUUUACACACUUCCUUAUUAAUUGGCCUUUAAUAUUUGGACCUAUUUUUACAUUUCGUUUAUUCACUCAACCUUUACAACGUCGUUCAAUUUCAUCGUGUAUUGCUUGGAUCAGUGUGGUAUUCCCUACAUUUGUUUUGUCUAUUAUACCUCAUCAAGAAGCACGUUUUCUUAUCCCAUGCCUACCGUGUGCUUGUUUCGUUGUUGGUCAGAGUGUUGAUGCUAAAGUCAGACAUACAAAACGAAAAGACGUUUCAUGUACCUGUAUAAGUAUUAUUGUACUAUGGAUAUUUCAUCAGUUUAUCUUGAUUUUAUUUUAUGGGUACUUACACCAAGCUGGGCUAUUUUCUUAUAUGAGAACCAUUCCAAGUAAUGUAACUGGAUGCGUCACUCAUGUAUUCUUCAGAACUUACAUGCCACCUCGUUUUUUGUUAAAUAUACCUUUAGAAAAAUCUUCACAUUAUCCAUCACAGUCUUGCAAAUCACUUAUCGAUUUAGGAGGAUCUAAUGUGACAAUUUUAAACAAUACAAUAAACCAUCUUAAAACAUAUCAAAAUUUCUCAGGUAUGCUCAAAUUGGCGUAUCCUGGAUCCAUACAACCGUUGGAAAAUUUACUUCUAUCCUCUUGGGGUAAUGUCGUUAUGUGUGAACAGUUCUUCCCACAUUUAUCAAUGGAGAACCCGCCAUCCAUUCGUCAUCCUUUUGUUUACGAAAACUGGAAAUCUCAAUUAUCAUUACACGAGUCCAAUACCUUUGGAAUGACGAUUGAUAAACAUACUAUAUUCGAAACAUCUAAUCCCCUAACAGAAUCUGUUAAACAUUUACCAGGGAUUACUUAUGAAAGUCGAGUACUUGGUCAUUUUCAAAAUCCUGAGUUGUUUCAUUCACCUGCCUCACUACCUAAACUGACUCCAUCCCCAGACGUUAAGAAUAGAUCUCAUUUAUCCAGUAUAAACAAUAAACCAUUGGUUCUGAAUAUUUCUAAUCCCAGAUUUCCACCAAUAAAUUCAUCCAAAUCGACGACCACCAAUGAUUUUAGCGGAUUAUGGCCGCCAAGUAUCUCACUGUCCAACCGUAUUAUCAACAAAAAUAAUGAUGGUUCACUGAUAUUACAAAAUGAUAGUUUCAUUCCCAAAGCACUGUCUGACCAACAAGAUUUUCGCAUUCCAACUAGCAUAAUCAAUGAUCAAGUAGUUGUUCGAAACCCCUCAUCGAUCUGUCUUGCGGCAAAUAAUAUUUCUGUAACCAUUUCACCUGCCUUACCAAACCUCAUAACUUCGUCUGCAUUUUGUUAUCCAACACGUUUCAUUCCAGAAAAUGUAAAAACAACUGUAUCAAAUCGAACAUUCUGUUUUGUCAGUUCGAGGAAUGUGGCAAAACUACCGAGUGUGUGCGUUCAUUCAACAUUAAUAAAUCAAGAAAUUCACUCUAGUGUUGCAGCUCCAGAUGUAAGUUACUGUGGUGCAAUACCUUAUCCUCGUUCCCAACCGCCCAGAAAAUCGGGGGAUGUUUCACAAGUUCCUGUCAGUACACUAUCUUCUUUUGUCAACGAAACCAAUCAUUUAGAAGAAUCCUGUCUUGAUAUAGCUAAUCUAAAAAAUGCUCCUGAUAAGUCGAUCCAGCAGCAUGAGCUAUCUCCACCUAAAAAUUUAUUCCAUUGUGAUUACUGUACUUUUACGUCUUCGAAUUCCGAUCGUCUUUUUCGACAUAUAAAUUCACGGCAUUUAUCAUCGCUUGAGCAUGAUAAGGUAAAACCUUCAUGCCUUCAAGUUCAUCCGACAUCUUUAUCCGAUAUUUCGAAUCAAAUUAUUAUCACAUCUGAUUAUUCUUCGUCAUCGUCAUCUUCGUUUUCGAUUACUAAUUCCACUUCAUCGUUACCGGUUACUGAUUCUACUUCUUCAAACGUAUUUGAAACAACAGUAUCUAAUACUCCUUCGACUUUUACAACUCACGAUAAUAAUAACUAUAGGUCUUGUAAUCUACUUCCAUCCGAAUCGUUCCCAAAUAUACCGGUUACAGUUUGUAUAAAUAAAUCUACUUGUAAAAAUUAUUCACACAAUACUCUAUCAAAGUCGUCAAGUCGUCGAAAACAAAGUUUUCCAUUCAAGAUGCCGGCUGGUUCAGACCUAAUCCAAUUGCCUGUUGUUUAUUCAAAUAAUCGUUUUUGUGAUUUACCACUUCAGAGCGUUCAAUUAUCAGUGAAUAAUAAAGGAAGUACACUUCUAAAUGAAUCUUCGGGUUCAUCCUAUGCGUCUGGUAGUACAUUAGAUGAUACCAGUGAUGAAAAAGAUUCAGUAUUUUUAGGAUUUACUCAUAUGGGAUCAUCACGGAAAAGGCUACAUUCUCCGGAGGGUUCAGAAACAAGUUUAUUCCAUUCAUCGAGUCAACAAAAAAAUAGACAUCGAAAGAAUCGUAUUACAAGUAAUCGCCAUAAUGUCACGUCAUUAGUUGAUCGUGGAAAGUCAAUCAAUUUUUCAUCCUACAUGACAAUUUCAAAGCAAGAAACCAAAAGAUAUUUUACUAGUAAAGAGUCUACUCUUCUACCAGUAAACUCCUCUUUUCCACUACGUGAUAUAUCAGUUACAUUGGAACGUUUAAAUGAUAUUCCGGAAUACAGUCGUACUGAUUCAGAUUCAUCUAUUAUAAAUAUAAGUUCCACCUCAUCCGAAUAUUCUUACCAAGAUACCCAACGUUUGACACCAGAUAAAAUUGAAAACCCUGAAUUAGAAAAACAAAGAAUGAAAGAUGGGUUUUCUCUUUCUUAUGAUAAUUUCAAAAGCAGCGAACAAGGUACUCUGUCACAUAAACAUAACGAAUUAAAUGAAGACUCUGAGCAAAUUAAGAAACAUCCAUACUUAAAUGAGCUUCCAGUCGCCGUAGAUUCUAAUCAAAUUGAGAUGCUUAAAAUGUCAAAUAAUCGUCGCAGACCAUCUGGUGCGAAAAAAUACUCUAAACAGCUUGAAAUUCCUGACGAGUUUUUAACUUUGCAGUCUCGAAGUGAAAUGGAAGCUGAUGAACUUCAAGUGGAUAUUUUGACAGGAGAAAUAUUUGUCAAGAACAUACCUUUGCGGUCUCUAGUUACAGGUUUGAAGCGUCCACGAUUUUACCAGUUAGAACUGGAUUAUAAAAAAUAUUUACCUCGAGGUGGUCGUAGUCAACCUUUUAGAAAUUCCAAAGUUCAGCAUCCUUUUUCAAAUAAUUCAAAAAAUGUACACAAAGUUAACAGUGUAAUUACAACAGCUAACAAACGAUCAAACAAGGAAAAAAAGUAA